AUGGAGGCUAUAGCAAAACACGAUUUCACUGCAACUGCUGAUGAUGAACUUAGUUUUAGAAAAAAUCAAGUCCUCAAAAUACUUAACAUGGAGGACGAUAUGAAUUGGUAUAGGGCUGAAUUAGACGGUAAAGAAGGCCUCAUACCUAGUAACUAUAUUCAAAUGAAAAGUCAUAGUUGGUAUUAUGGAAGAAUUACAAGAGCAGAUGCAGAAAAACUGUUAGCAAAUAAACCAGAAGGGGGAUUUCUCAUACGCAUCAGUGAGUCAAGCCCUGGUGACUUCUCCUUAUCAGUAAAAUGUCCUGACGGUGUUCAACACUUCAAGGUUCUGCGUGACGCGUCAAGCAAGUUCUUCCUGUGGGUGGUGAAAUUUAAUUCUCUGAACGAACUGGUCGAAUAUCACCGCACGGCGUCCGUAAGCCGCCUCCAAGACGUCAAACUGAGAGACGUUGCACCAGAAGAGAUGCUGGUGCAAGCUUUAUACGAUUUCACACCACAAGAGGCUGGCGAGCUAGAGUUCAGGCGUGGUGACGUCAUCACAGUCACUGACCGCACCGACCAGCAUUGGUGGCAGGGGGAGAUAGCACAUCGGCGCGGACUGUUCCCGGCGUCGUACGUGACGGCGUACCACUCA